AUGGUGCUCGAGGACGUCGAAAACACAGCGCCAGAAAGCUUCUCAGAUAACCCAUAUCCCUCGUCGGACGACCCAUAUGCAUCCGCGUCGCCGCCAUCCACAGGCGCUCGCUUCGACGCGAGCACCCUACCCCAGCCAUUACCCAUCAUAGGCACUUUCAUGGGCUUCUCCGAUCGCGCUGUCCGCUUCAAGACGGAGACUACCCUCAAGUUUGCCGAGCGCAAAGUUGGCCGUCAACUAAACUCGGAGGAAGCACAGGCGCUCGCAUACCACAUAUACCAGCUCGAGCAGACAAAAAGCUAUUUCGCUGCCACGGGUGCAGCUGCAGGAACAUACCAAUGGUACAGGACCUGGGACAAGAUGAAAUACCCCUUCUAUCAACCCAAGGUUGAGGACAUUGAUCGAAAUAAAUUUGGUCCCAUCAAGGGCAAUAUGGCGCAGUUCGCACGACAUACAUGGCGAUUCUCUUUAUAUGUGUUGGUGGCAGGACAGAUGGGCAACAUCAUCGGCCAACUUCUUGCUCAGCCACUUGCUGCAGUUAACACAUCAAACGAUCCUAAACUGGAACAAUUUGGACAGGAGUUGAAGGCUUCGUCACACGCCGAAGGACAGAGGACCGCACAACAAGGACGCGAGAUUCAGGACAGGCGACGAGAGUUCCAGGAGCAGGUAAGGAAUCGCGCGGGAGGUGGUCCUUCGCCACAGGCUAGGUGGGGUAAGCAACCCCAAGACAACGGCGAUGGAGGGGACGACAUGAGCCCGACUGCUGGAAACGAAACAUGGGGGACUCAAUCUGCAGGAACAGACACGUGGGAGAGUUUCUCGAACCAUACAUCGCAAUCGACUUCACAACGCCAGCAGGGUCCGCCAUCUACUGAAGCUUGGAAUCGCCAACCAUCUUCACGACCUCAGUCUGCACAGCCAUCAUCACUUCCUUUCGAUGACGACGCUUCUCCUACCGGCGGCCUCUUCCAGGAUGAAGUCAACAAUCCGCAAUCGCAGCCCCAGCCGCAAGCAAGGCCUGGGGAAUCAAGCUGGGACCGUCUUAGACGCGGUGGUGCGCCAGCGCCCCUUCAAAAGCCACAGCAGCAGUCACGGAGAGUGGAGCCUGAGCGCAGGGAGCAAAGAGAAGGCUCCACGCUCGGGGAUUCAUACACAUUUGUUGAGGGUGAUGAUGAGAGGGCUAUGGAGAGGCAGCGCGCACAGCAAGAGUUUGAUGCUAGAUUAGAGCGGGAGCGCCAGGGACGCGACUUCAACGACGAAAACAAGAAGUGGCUCCUCAGAGAAACAGCCUCUCAGUCUUACUGGUACGCGAUGAAUGUCAGAGACUCACUUUCGCCAAUCAGGCGCGAGCCUCCUCAUAAAAGACGCUUGUCGAACGAGAUACUACCCACCACAGGCACCGGAUCGUCGAGGCGUGUUCGCAUGCAACGUACCAGUCAAGCUCAGCAGCUAUCAGACGCGGAAAAGACCGACAGAGUUUUCGCUGACGAAGCGCAUGUGGAGCUUUUGAAGCCAAUGCCCUAUUGGCAUGCAAACCAAGGCCAAAAAGGAGGCCUGUCGCAACCACAGUUACACACUAACAUAGACGACCCAUUCGCUUCUUUUGAUAGGAAGCUGGAAACUUUGGGUAACAUAUCUUGUGCCGUAUCUGUGAAAGACCCGCAGUUACUUCUGCCAACAGACUACUGGCCACGUUCUAGCCCCGUGAGCUUACCUGACGGAACCAGGUACUGCUACGAGUGCAACGCAACCUCCGAUGAGACAGAGGAGAGGACUCAAUCACAGCUUUCUUGUGACAGCUGCGGCAAAGUCUUCUUCGACAAAGAACAUACCAAUACAAAUAGUUCGUCAAGAGUUAUUCCUGGUCGGCCGACGUUCUAUGGUCCGAAUUCUAUGGAUUCUGUACACGCUUUCGAGACUGCGAACCAAGCUACGGACCCUCGAAGGAUCAUGGAAGAGAAUGGCCCUUCAUUAGUUGCAGAUGGUGAAAUUGGCAAUGACUCUUCUGGUCGAACGCAUAUGAACCUCUCCCGUCCUUGCGCACAGUUAUCCUCCAGCAACUACUUAUACGGCGUUGCCCUCCCACAGGUAUCGGACAACGGCUACGAGCCUCCUAGCUAUCAGCACUACGUCAACACAGCCUCCACAGCUGGCUUUUCCUCAGCUUUUACACCCAGUCCUGAGGCUGAUACUCUCACUCAAGAAACUGAGGAACACGAAGUUCAUACCCCAAAGAUGGUGUCUAAAGCUCCAAAACGGACGUGUAAACCUCGUACGUCUGAAUGUGAAGUGUCCAAGUUCCACAGAUUCAUGGAUCUCACCCUAGAGCUACGUCGAUCCAUCUACGCCUUCGCGCUUCAUACGGGUCGACCCAUCAAACCGCAUCUGUGCGACUACCCUGCUGAUGACACUAUUCAGUUUCACGAUGACAACCAGUUUGAUCAUUUUGCAACCAGCGAUCUUCUCGGUAUCACUCGUGUCAACAAGGAGACCCGUGCCGAGGCCCUCCCCAUCUUCUACUCUGUCAACACUUUUGAGGUCGGUCCGGACACUACGACUUAUUUUGACCGCCUAGUUUAUUUGGGUCGCUUUGACAUGAUCCGCCACGUCCGGUUCAGCAUCGAGAUGCGCAAAGAGAGUACAUCACCCGGUCUCCUUCGCCGUAUGCACCAGUACAUAAAGGAAGCUGACGCAUUCGAGAAGGGGCUGGCUCAACCUCCCGGCCGGCGUCUUUGGUCGCUCACGCGCCACCCGCAGUAUACCUAUGGCGGUAUCCCAGAACUCAACACAUUGAUCGCGCUGACAAAGCUCACUUCUCCCUUAGCUGAUAAAGACCAGGGCAGGAGCAAGGAAAACACCGCAUCCCGCUCCAAGCUCGUCGUCCCUAUUCUCAGCGCAUCCGCUAUGGCUUCUUUUGACCGCCUAAAGUGGUUCCCAGCCGUCAUGUACGGUCUCGGCAUCCAAAUCCACUACGUUGGGAAUAUGCCAUUCUCCUCUGUUUCCGGCAGCACGGUAGAUAUUACCUGGCACCAGCGAUUCCAGAAGAAGGACUUUGGCGACGUCCCCGAGUACGUCAAUCCGGUCGAUAGUACCGGCCAGACGGCGGCUUACAAGCGUGCCGUUGAGUUAGAUCCGGAGUUGGAAGAGAAGUCGAGACCUAGAGGGUGGGCUUAUAUGCGUACCACUUGUGUUGGUGGCAACUCCGGAUGGUUCGAUAUCAUGACUGAAUGUGGAGGUAUUGGAUAUGGUCCGCGAUAG